AAAUACGGGGAGCGUGCUCGCCCCAGCCGGCUCGAAAUAGGAUUGGCUAUCGCAGCGGAAGCGCCUGCCUCGUCUAGUCGUCUCCUUCCAAUGGAGUCCCUCCAGCGGAAAGCGUCGGAGUGGAGCGGAGUGGCCGCCAGCGACGCCUUCGCCAUCGACGAGACCAACCUCUUCGAAACCCUCGGCGGUAUCCAGCCCUUCGUCGAUCUCUGCACCAAUUUCUACACCAGGGUUUUCGAUGACGAGGAGGAGUGGUUCCGCUCGAUCUUCGCAGACUCGAAGAAGGAGGACGCGAUUCGGAACCUGUACGAGUUCUUGGUGCAGAGGAUGGGGGGUCCUCCUCUCUACUCCCAGAGGAAAGGCCAUCCUGCACUGAUUGGAAGACAUCGGCCAUUUCCAGUCACCCAUCAGGCUGCAGAGAGGUGGCUACAGCACAUGCAGCAAGCAUUAGACACCACGUCAACUAUUGACCCAGAUUCCAAAAUCAAAAUGAUGAAUUUUUUCAGGCACACAGCGUACUUCCUUGUUGCUGGGAAUGAGAUUACAAGGCAAGGGCAAGGAGUCCUCUGCAAACAUGCCACAAGUGAACCAGCUGCCGUGCUGCAGAAUAAGGAUGGUCAUUAAGGGGUUGACAAGUGUUGCUUGCCGGGCAUCCUAAUCCGUGUGUACAUGAAACCCCACGAGUUAGAAGGCGGACCCUUGUUGGUAAGUAUGCAUGGUAGCGAUAAUUUGUAUUAUUUGGUACUUGUACGCUGCAGCCACCACUUCAGAAAAUGAAAGGUGAAUGAUUAACACUGGGCUGCGCCGUGAUACAAUCAGCAGAAAUGUAUUCUAGAGCAUGCCAUCACCACCUACAGCUCAAAACUAUACUUUAAGAGAUCAUUUAAUGGAAUAUCAGAAGAGUGUUAUGUA